GCCACCGCAGCCAGGGGCAGUGGCUAUUGGCAGCGUCAGGGGACAGAGCACCGGAAAGGGACCCCCACAGUCGCCUGUGUUUGAAGGUGUUUAUAAUAACUCCAGGAUGCUGCAUUUUCUGACUGCUGUGGUGGGUUCUACUUGUGACGUAAAGGUGAAAAAUGGCACCACUUAUGAGGGCAUUUUCAAAACUCUGAGCUCAAAGUUUGAACUGGCAGUAGACGCAGUACACCGGAAAGCAUCUGAACCAGCAGGUGGGCCUCGGCGGGAAGACAUUGUGGAUACCAUGGUAUUUAAACCAAGUGAUGUUCUGCUUGUCCACUUCCGAAAUGUUGACUUCAAUUAUGCUACAAAAGAUAAGUUCACUGACUCGGCCAUUGCCAUGAACUCUAAGGUUAAUGGUGAACACAAAGAGAAGGUGCUACAACGUUGGGAGGGUGGCGACAGCAACAGCGAUGACUACGAUCUGGAAUCUGAUAUGUCUAAUGGAUGGGAUCCCAAUGAGAUGUUCAAAUUUAACGAAGAGAACUAUGGUGUAAAGACCACCUAUGAUAGCAGUCUAUCUUCUUACACGGUUCCCUUGGAAAAGGACAACUCAGAAGAGUUUCGGCAGCGGGAGCUGCGUGCAGCCCAGUUAGCUCGAGAGAUUGAAUCAAGUCCCCAGUACCGCCUACGGAUUGCCAUGGAAAAUGAUGAUGGGCGAACGGAGGAGGAGAAGCACAGUGCGGUUCAGCGGCAGGGGUCUGGGCGGGAGAGCCCCAGCUUGGUGUCCAGGGAAGGGAAGUAUAUCCCUUUGCCUCAACGAGUUCGGGAAGGUCCCCGGGGAGGAGUUCGUUGCAGUGGCGCUCGAGGAGGGCGACCUGGCCUUAGCUCUUUGCCACCUCGUGGCCCUCACCAUCUUGACAAUAGCAGCCCUGGCCCUGGGUCUGAGGCACGUGGUAUCAAUGGAGGCCCUUCCCGCAUGUCCCCCAAGGCACAGCGCCCUUUGAGAGGUGCCAAGACUUUAUCUUCACCCAACAAUAGGCCUUCUGGAGAAGCUUCUGUUCCUCCAGCACCUGCAGUGGGCCGGAUGUACCCUCCACGGUCUCCCAAGUCUGCUGCCCCCGCCCCAGUCUCAACUUCCUGUCCUGAGCCUCCCAUUGGUUCAGCAGUAGUGUCCUCUGCCUCCAUCCCUGUGACAUCAUCAGUUGUGGAUCCUGGAGCAGGCUCUAUUUCCCCAGCAUCUCCCAAAAUCUCCCUGGCCCCCACAGAUGUUAAAGAACUCCCAACAAAGGAGCCCGGUAGGACUUUGGAGGCCCAAGAACUGGCCCGGAUAGCUGGGAAAGUCCCUGGGCUUCAGAAUGAACAGAAACGAUUUCAAUUGGAAGAACUGAGGAAGUUUGGGGCCCAGUUUAAGCUGCAACCUAGUAGCUCCCCUGAGACCGGCCUGGAUCCAUUUCCUUCCCGGAUCUUAAAAGAAGAGGCCAAAGGAAAGGAGAAGGAGGUGGAUGGCCUAUUGACUUCAGAUCCCAUGGGAUCCCCAGUCUCUUCCAAGACGGAAUCCAUAUUGGAUAAGGAAGACAAACCAUCCCUGGCAGCAGUAGGGGGUACUGAGGGGCCAGAGCAGCUCCCACCUUCUUGCCCCAGCCAAACUGGCAGUCCCCCAUUGGGCCUCAUCAAGGGAGAUGACAAAGAGGAGGGCCCUGUUACUGAACAAGUAAAGAAGUCUACUUUGAACCCCAAUGCCAAGGAGUUCAAUCCAACAAAGCCUCUGCUAUCUGUGAACAAAUCUACCAGUACUCCAACUUCACCAGGGCCCCGUACUCACUCAACACCUUCCAUACCGGUGCUGACAGCAGGCCAGAGUGGGCUCUACAGUCCCCAGUACAUCUCAUAUAUACCUCAGAUCCACAUGGGACCAGCUGUGCAGGCACCUCAGAUGUAUCCAUAUCCUGUUUCCAAUUCGGUGCCUGGGCAGCAGGGCAAGUACCGGGGUGCAAAAGGCUCACUUCCCCCCCAGCGCUCAGACCAACACCAGCCAGCCUCAGCCCCUCCGAUGAUGCAGGCUGCUGCUGCUGCUGCUGGCCCACCCCUAGUGGCUGCCACACCUUAUUCCUCCUACAUCCCCUACAACCCACAGCAGUUCCCAGGCCAGCCUGCCAUGAUGCAGCCCAUGGCACACUACCCUUCACAGCCGGUGUUUGCCCCUAUGCUUCAAAGUAACCCACGAAUGUUGACAUCUGGAAGCCACCCCCAGGCCAUUGUGUCAUCCUCCACUCCUCAGUACCCCUCUGCAGAGCAGCCUACCCCCCAAGCCCUCUAUGCCACUGUUCACCAGUCCUAUCCACACCAUGCCACGCAGCUCCAUGGCCAUCAGCCACAGCCGGCUACCACACCUACUGGGAGCCAGCCACAAUCCCAGCAUGCGGCCCCCAGUCCUGUUCAGCACCAGGCGGGGCAGGCCCCACACCUGGGCAGUGGACAGCCACAGCAGAACCUGUACCAUCCAGGGGCCCUAACAGGCACACCUCCUUCUCUACCGCCGGGACCUUCUGCCCAGUCCCCUCAGAGCAGCUUUCCCCAGCCAGCUGCUGUGUAUGCCAUCCAUCCCCACCAGCAGCUGCCCCACGGCUUCACCAACAUGGCCCAUGUUACCCAGGCCCAUGUCCAAACUGGAGUCACAGCAGCCCCGCCCCCACACCCCGGGGCACCUCACCCGCCCCAGGUGAUGCUGCUGCACCCCCCCCAGGGCCAUGGGGGGCCCCCCCAAGGCGCGGUGCCCCCGAGUGGGGUGCCUGCACUCUCAGCUUCCACACCCUCACCCUACCCCUACAUCGGACACCCCCAAGCUCCCCUUCCACCCCCCGGGGAACUGAAGAUUGUCCUGGCCGCGACCUGAGACCUCCAUGAGUGGAGGGAAGAGUGAUCUAUGUCUCUUCCCCCAGCAGCUCGGACCAGUCCUAGCCCCGCCCCCAACCCCUUUCCCUUGGGGAGCUGGGGAAUUCCUGCCAAGCACCUUGAAUGGGAGGGGUCCUUGAAGUGGGCAGGGCUGGGGUCCAGCGGGGGUGGGGGAGGUUCCUGCUCUGCCCCUGCCGGGUCCCACCCAGUCUUGUCCUCCCAUCCUCUCAUCUGUUCCCCCGCUGGAGACGGAAGAUCUUUUAUUUUCUAUUAUUUAUAACCUCAGACUUGGGCCCCCUGUUCUUCCCCAUUAACUUGAGUGUCCUGUGUGAGAGACCGACAGACAGAUGCCUCAAGGACUUUUACUUUUUAUUACAUAAAAAAUUAAAAAAAACAAAUAAAAAAAAUAAAAUUUUAAACUAACUUAA